GGAAGUAGAGUAAGGGACGAGGGCACAACCUUGUGGAGCACCAGUGUUUAGAGUAACUGGUGGAGGUGUUGCUUCCUACCCUUACUGAUUGCAGUCUUUUGGUCAGGAAUUCAAGGAUCCAGUUGCGGAAGGAGGGAGCUCUUAAUUUCUCCGCACACCCCUGACUCUGGCUACUUCCAGGUGGACGUUUAUAGUCCGAGAGAGAAGGCGUGAACGCUACAAAGCUCUGGAGUGAAGAUCCCCACAACGACCAGCUGGCCAAGCACUGCAGCCAAACUACUGCGACCAUUGGGAUAUACCUGGAAGAACUUUUUCUUUCUGUUGCACACGUUGAUCUGCCUCGUGAAGGACAAGUGGAUUUUCCCACUUUGAGACAGAGAGCCUGGAUUCUGUGUCACUGAGGGACCAUUUAAGCAGCGGACUGUAAAUCAUGAGUGAAUUCUGGUUGUGUUUCAAUUGCUGUAUUGCAGAACAGCCUCAGCCGAAAAGGCGACGGCGGAUUGACCGAAGUAUGAUAGGAGAGCCGACAAACUUUGUCCACACCGCCCAUGUAGGAUCAGGAGACGUCUUCAAUAGUGGAAUGAACUCAGUGAGUUCAAUUCAGAACCAAAUGCAAUCCAAAGGCGGGUAUGCAGGCUCUCCCAUGCCAGUGAACGUUCAAAUGCAGCUGGUGGACACAAAAGCUGGAUAAAAUUUAAAAUAAAGUUUGUGAUUCCUCCAAGUUCAUGUAUUUCUUCCUGUCGAACCCUCCCACCCUCUUUUCACUAUGGUGAUUGCUUCUCUGAGUUCUUCAUGAUGAGAAAAGCAUUACAACAACCCAUCUCCUGUUCCCUUGGCAAUUUGGCUGGAGUCUCCCAUUCCGCUCUGAAGAUAUCACUGGGACUGCUCCUUCUCAAGGCAGUGAUUUGAAAGGAUUUGAUCUUUGCCGAAGUCAUGGACAUACAGUAGCUUCUCAUAUUUUUUUUAAAAAGUACAAAUAGAAUUUUAGCGUUUUCUUCUCUUCGAUGUCUACAUGUGUCAGAGCGAAUCAUUACUGUAUAUAUUUCAUUUUGCCCAUCCUUUAAAUGUGCAACAUUUUUUCUUUUCAUUUUUAUUAUGCUUUUUAUUUACCUUUGAAUUCAGUGUUAGUUUGCAAUGAAAAAUGUCUAAAGGUCUGGAACCUGAAAGCACAAUUACAUUACCACACUCCCUCUAGGUAAGUCAGCAUGGUAAAUGACUGCAUGUGAUGUAGCUCAGCCAAUGGCAAAGUGUUUGUUGCGGCGGAAUGAUGAUACUAAUGCUGACAAGUUUCUAACCAGCAUGUCAGUUUUGCCAGAUGCCUGCCUCCUUAUCCCUGAGCCUACCUGCCUGCAUACUUCUCAUUUUGUUCUGUUUAUCACACACCUCUUGAAAAUAACUGAAUACAUUAACUGGCAUUUUUAAAAAAAAUAAUGGCUUGUGGUAAAUGUGCAAUUCAGCAUACUCCUGUAUUUUAUAUGAACGGAUUAAAGAAAAAUGCAUUUGACCAUGAGCAAGUAACCAAUUGCACUUGUGAUGCAGUAAAAUGGUAGAGCUCCAUUUUGUUAUAUUGCAGCAACUGUUUAAACAAAAUACCUGGAUCCUGAAUUCACACACUGGCCAACAAUAGGAGUAUAGUCCUUAUCAAUUGCUGUACAAUUUUGUAGACUUUUCUCUGCAGCUCUUUAGGUGAAUAUCAAACUUUUAAAAGAAAUAAACUUUCUCGGUUGGGUGUGAGAGGGGUGGGUGGGAGUGUUUGCCGGGGGGAGCAGGGGCAAUGGAAUUCUGUAUGUUGCUCCAGGCAACGUUGGGAGCUGUCUGAACAAACACCAGAGAAAAUUCUGUUCAACAGGGUGGCUUUCGCUUUCCAGUGAAAGAAAGCAAAUACCUUGCUCAGGUUUAUAAGGGCAUAUUUUUUCCCUCCCAUUCCACUCACCUGUGAUAUACUAAUAUUGCACUGUUUCAUAAUAAAUGUAAAUUGUGCAUGGUUUAAUGGUUUUAAAAAAAACAAGAAGCUAAAUCAAGAUUAUCUUUUCAGUAGGCAAAAACAUUGGCUUUACUCAAGAACGUACUCUGUGAAAUGUGACUUAAGUGAUAUUUUAAGUAGUUUUAGGGCUUGUAUUUUAGUGCACAGUCUUUGGAACCCAGAAUAAUUUGCUAGGUACUGAAUUGCAAGAAUCUAUGCUAUGAAUGUGUAAGGAUAGGGAAAUGCUUUUACAUGGAGCAGUGCAGUACAAAUUGUGACCGAAUGUCUGACAUCGAGAUAUAAAGUAUUUUUGAAAUAUGAGUGAGUAGGUUAAUAAUUAAUUGAAUGAAAUAGCUGGAUAUUGUGGCUUGCUAGCCUUUGGGUUAUGUUGCUAUGAAUGACCUGAAUGCAUCCCAGUACUGGUCCUCUAAGCUCUCUGUGGUAAAUGUUAUAUAAAGGGGUAUGUAAAUUGUCAUCACUUAGUGCUGCCAUAGCAAGCCAUUAAUUGAAAUAUAAUUUAUCAUUCUCAUGCAGGCAAUACCCUGCCAAAUAAGAUUUGAAAGGUUGUUUUAGCCUAUUUUUAUAAUGCAUACAAUUUUGUACAUGUUUGUUGUUCCUCAGUGAAAUUGGUUUAGUCUACAAUGGCUUAUAGUUUCAAAAGUGACAUCAGAUUAAAAUAAAGUUUGUCAUUUGCU